CGCGCGGCCCCGGGUGGUGGCCUGGUGCUCGGGCUGUUUGGACUCGAUCGCACGGGGCAAGGCAAGCGGCUGAAGAGAGCGGAGAGGAGAGGUGCGGCCGGGGAAGCCAUGGCGACCACUCUCUCGUUAUCCUCUCCCCUCUUCCUCGCCGCUCCGGCCAAAGCUUCAGCAAGUUCAUCAUGGAACACUGUAAAAGUGCGAUGCAAGGGGUAUACCGGUAGGGUACAUGGAAGGAGGCAACAGCGGCGCACAGCCAUAGUAUCAUUGCUUGGAAGGAAGUCAAAGACCAGGGAAACAGUAGUCCCUGAUCCUGACUAUCGACUACCGAUUGCUAUACUUGGAAUUGCUGGCGGUUUUGCAUAUGCAGACAAUCUUCUAGCUGCCGCACCUAUAGGCCUACUGGGGCUUCUUCUUCUGUUCCAGACUACUAGAGUAAGAUUCGUCUUUGAUGAUGAGGCUCUGGAAGUGAAAGUUGGAGAUCAGCUGCAGGAGGGAGGUGAAAAUGUAUUUGUCGGUGGCAAGAACCGCUGGAAGUACUCAACAUUCGUGAAUUGGGAGCUGUGGUGGCCACAAUUUCCUAUCUUGGUUUACUUCAAGGAGACCCAAACAAAACCUGAGGGACAAAUCCACUUCUUCCCUGUGAUAUUCAAUGGACAACAACUAUACGAUGUCAUGGUGGAGCGCGCUGGACCCUCGAAGACGAGCAGCCCCAAAUAGCGCGAGCUUCCCUCAAGACGAUGAGCUGUGAACUCCAUGGCGCUCUGUAGCAUCAAUUGACGCUCCAGGAGGCAAAAGCUUCAUGGCUUGGACAAUCUACCUAAUGCGUAGCCUAUGCAUUUACCUUAAAGAAGAAUGAUGUAUAGCAUAUGCAUCUUCAGUAGAUAUACUGGAAACUGAUGUGAUGCAAUAUCAACAAGAAGUUCUUUCA